AUGGGUACAUUAUCUCAUUUAGAUAAUGUUUAUAUUAUCAUUACAAAUAAAUUUAAAAUGGUAGGUAGAAUUGAAAAUUCUAAGGAUGAUUCUAAUUCAUUAUCCUCAACUGCUCUGAGAUCUAUUUCUAAUAGUCUUUUUAAAUUUGGAGAUAUCUUUACCAACCCAAUUCAUCGCUUUUUUGAUAACCCUAAAAAAAGAUUAGAAAAAUCUAAUUCAAUCAAGGGUGUUAAACUUAAUAACGAAGAUUGUCAUUCUUUUUUUCGUAAUGUAAAAUCUAUUAAUAAGUUAUCAAGCUUAUUAUUUCCUAAUUCAUUAACAUUAGAUAAAGUAUGGGAUCGUUGUGUUCAAUUAUACUCUAAUAAUCCUUGUAUGGGAACAAGAGAAAUCAUUAAAAUUUUUGAUGAAAAACAACCUGAUGGUAAAAUUUUUCAUAAAUGUAAAUUUGGUCAAUAUAAAUGGUUAACAUAUAAAGAAGUUAAUGAUCAAAUAUCCAAUUUAUCACGUGCUAUUUGUCAUUUAAAUUUACCAAAAGGUAGUUUCAUUGUUAUAUUUGCUGAGACAAGAGCUGAAUGGCAAAUUACUGCUCAAGCAUGUAUUAAAUCUGGUUUUCCAAUUGUUACUGUUUAUGCAACUUUAGGAAAAGAAGCUGUAAAAAGUGCUAUCAAAGAGUGUGGAGCUGUUGUCCUUUUUACAACAUCAUCACAUUUUGAAAUAAUAAAUGAUAUUUCAGAUAGUAUAGAAAGUGUUAAAUAUAUGAUUUAUUUUGAAGAUAGAUAUUUUCCAACAUCAAAAGACCUUAAUAAACAAUGUCUUCUUGAUAAAUUAAAAAAUAAAUUUACUAUUUGUGAAUUUUUUGAUUCGUUUAUUUAUUCACAAAAAGAUUCUACUCAACCUAUAAUAUCAAAUUGUAAGGAAGAUGAUGUAUGCUUAAUAAUGUAUACCAGUGGUUCUGUUGGAAUUCCUAAAGGUGUUAUGUUAACUCAUAAAAAUGUCAUUGCAGCUGUUGUUGGAUUAUCAAACGUUAUAAAAGCAUCAGAUAAAGAUAUUUAUGCCGCUUAUCUUCCACUUGCUCACAUUCUUGAGAUAUGUGCUGAAUAUAUUGCAUUUUCAUACGGAGCAAAAAUUGGUUAUUCAACAUCACAAACAUUAUUUGAUACAGCAAUUAGAAUACAUCCUGGAACUAAAGGAGAUACUGCAAUUCUUAAGCCAACAAUUAUUGCUGCAGUUCCAGCCAUUAUGGACAGAAUUUAUAAAGCUGUACUUAAUAAAAUAUCAAAUUCAAAUAAAAUUUCAAAAGAAUUAUUUAACAUUUGUUAUGAAAGAAGAUUAAAAAGACUUGAAAAAGGAUAUAAAAGUAUUUUAAUUGAUAAAUUUGUUUUUAGAAAAAUUAAAAUGUUACUAGGUGGAAAUGUAAGACUUCUUAUUUCUGGUGGUGCUCCACUAAAUCCUGCUAGUCAAAGAUUUAUGAAUAUUUGUUUUGGAUGUCCUGUUACUCAAGGAUAUGGAUUAACUGAAACAUGUGGUGCUGCAACUAUUACAGAACCAUCAGAUAUAUCAACUGGUUAUGUUGGAGCACCAUUAAUUUGCAAUGAGGUAUACUUAAAAGAAUGUCCAGAGAUUGGAUAUAAACCUUCUAAUACACCACCUCAAGGUGAAAUUUUAAUUCAUGGUGAUAAUGUCUGUAAAGGAUAUUUCAAUAAUCCUGAAAAAAAUAAAGAAGAUUUUGUUAUUAUUGAUGGUAAAAGAUAUUUUUGCACAGGAGAUAUUGGAGAAGUCAGAAAUGAUGGAUCUAUUAAAAUUAUUGAUAGAAAAAAAGAUUUGGUUAAAACAUCACGUGGGGAAUAUGUAUCAUUGGGAAAGGUAGAGUCAAAUCUUAUAACUAAUUAUCUCGUUGACAACAUUUGUGUUGUAGUUAAUCCACAAAAGUCACAUACCGUUGCAUUAAUUGUUCCAAAUCAAAACAAUUUAACUAAAUUUGCAGAAAAAAUGGGUAUUGUUGACAAAAGUUGGGAAGAUAUUUGCAAUGAUAGUCGCAUAAAAGAUAGUUUUGUUAGCGAGAUUAAGAAAUUUAGUAAACCAAAUCUUGAAAGAUUUGAAAUUCCAACAAAAGUGUUUCUUUGUCAUGAACCAUGGACACCAGUUAAUGGAAUGUUAACAGAAGCUUUAAAGCUUAAAAGAAAUAUUAUUCAAGAAAAAUACAGGAAAGAAAUUAAUGAAAUGUAUCAAUUAAAAUAG